AUGCCUUUUGUCUGCCCGUGUGGGACCUGGAUAAACACACUUGGAUAUGGACAAAUACUGAUUUUUAUACGUGAAGACUCGGUGGACCAUAAGCCAACGACCUCCUCGCAGUCUCAAGGAAUUUGAGCAUGGAAGACGAAUGGGAAGAGGAGGAGCAGAUUGUUGUGGUGGAGCUCUCUGGUAUAAUCAACAAUGACUUUCUGACCAAGAGUGGGGGCACAUGCAAGAUACUGGACAUUGACAGCGACAGACCCAUGAUGCAAGUUGGACCGUAUGUGUUUGCAGGAGAAUAUGAAGAUGCUUUGGGAACUUGUGUGCUGUUUGAGGAGACACCAGGAAAAGGAAAAGGAGUUAGUGGUCUAGAUCUCAAGUACUUAUGCCACACAGCGAAGAAACUGAAAAUGCAACGAAUCUUUCUCACAGAGAAGAAAGAGGGUGAAGCAAGCGCAGCAGGAAGCUGUGAUGGUGGGAAACAGAUGGACACAACCUGUGAGUCCAGUCAAGGAGAAAAUGUUAACCUGCGCGACAAGACAGAAGAAGAUGAGGACAAUGCAGAUUUGGAUAACUCAGCAGUUGGCUGAGAUAUAGAGACUUUGCUGUGUUAUAAGCUCCCAUUGUUACAUAAAACACUUUAAUUUUUUUAUGUCUCUGAGAGACUCUGUAAGAAAAACAAAUUCAUGCCAGUUAGAUUACACUUCAGAGCUAACCAGGAGACAUGUUUGAGUUACUGUUAUUUUUACACAAUGUGUAUGUUGCGUCUUUUAUACUGAGCCUCUAUGUCAGCAAAUGUCAUGCAUAAGUUGUUAAAUAUUUUAUGCAAAACAUGAAUGUAGUUAAUUCACACCCGAAUAAAAAACAGAAUUUGU